AAGAAACCCAAAAACCAUGGAGCGCUUUUCGAAUCGACAGCCAACUCGUCUUUCUCCUCCUCCUUCAGCCGCCGGAAUCUUAUAGUGAAAUCGGCAUUUCUUAAAAAAAAAAAAAGACAACAAAAGAAAAGAAAGGGAAAUAUACUGCUAUCACUAUUUUAAGAAUGAGCCAAGAAGCAGCAGCAAAUUACUACUCAAAGGAUUUCGAGUGGAACCAGCUCAGACUUGAGAUCGAGACCAACCCCUCUUUCCUCUACCACCUCCUUCCUUUCAUUGAUGAUACGAAUGCCAACACAUCUGCUUCUACUGCUGAUGCAAAUUCUGAUUCUGAAGCCUGGAAUAAAUUCCACACUCGUCAUUCCACUGGAAAAUUCUUCAAGGAGAGGCGGUACCUGUUGAAGGAAUUUCCAGAGCUGGCUUCUUGUAGAGACUAUGCUAAAGUUUUGGAGGUCGGAUGUGGUAAUGGAAGUACUGCUUUGCCAAUUUUACGGGCUAAAGAGAACAUUGUUGUUUAUGCCUGUGACUGUAGCAAUGAGGCUCUUGAUAGGGCUAAAGAGAAUAUAGCUGCUGCAAACUUGAUCUCAGCUGAGCAUCGUUACCACCCCUUCUUAUGUGAUAUUUCUACGAGUGGGUUUCCUGAGUGGUUGGCCUGCAGUUCUUGUCAAGAAAGAUUUUGCAAAAGCAACUGUAACAGGGUAGAUUUCUGUGAAGUCUCAUGCUCAGAGGAGAGUAGUUGCUGCAUUGGUGGGGUGGAUCUCGUUACCCUAAUCUUCACUCUAUCAGCAUUACCACUCCACAUGAUGCCAACAGCCAUUCAGGAGUGCUUCUCUGUCUUAAAGCCGGGUGGCAUGCUCUUAUUCAGGGAUUAUGGUCUCUAUGAUAUGACAAUGCUUCGGUUUGAUCCCGAGCAAAGAGUUGGAUAUAGGGAAUACAUGCGAUCUGAUGGAACCCGUUCUUAUUUCUUCUCUUUGGAAAGCACAAGAGAUUUAUUUUCUAGUGCAGGGUUCACUGAGCUGGAGCUUGAAUACUGUUGUGUUAAAUCUACAAAUAGGCGAAAUGGGAAACUUAUGCGACGGGUUUGGGUUCACGGUAAGUUCCAGAGACCCAAAGGUAGUUGAAGCUGAAACCAAUAUUGGUUUUGAAGGAACUGGGAAGAGAAGCAGAUUGGAUGAUUGAAGACCAGCUCCAAAGGACAAAUUAAGAGUGUUACGAAGUAGAUGGUUAUGAGUAUCCUAUCUGUCAAGAGUAAAAUUUUCUUUCCACUUAUUUUCGGGUAGUUUUUAUUUUUAAUCCUUUCUCUUUGCUCUUUCUGAUUUUUGUGUGUAUGAUGGAUGAUUGGUGAAACACAGAUGACAACCAUUUUUGUAUUCUUCUUCCUGUAGCCUAACGAGCUUUAGUUUAAGUGCAAGUGGCUUCUAAAAGUAAUGAAAUUGCCAGGUUCUUUCGUUGUGACA